AUGCUUGAAUUAAGAAGUGUUGUUCUACUACUGAGUGUAAUACAAUCGUUUGUGCCGCAUGAAACGAGCGCAUCGAAUUUUGCAUACGUUGACGGGAAUGUGUCAUGCACGAUCAUUAAUCUCACCGAUCAAAGUGACACACAGGACUAUGCUUUUCUGACAAACAGCACAGAAGAGCUGAUAUUCAGUAAGGCCACUAUACUAGUGCUCGAUCUAACCAAACCACUCUCCAUCAUUACACCCUGGAAGAUUCUGAUAAACCACUCGAAUGUUACGCAGAUAAUUUUUCCUGCCAAGAUGAGUCCCAGCGUAGUGCAUCUGAUAGAAAUGGAAGUUAGGGAUGUGACUUUUGAAGAAAACCUUAGCUUGCAAGAUUUCCGAGCAGACUACACGUCGCUGCAAGUGGUUUCGCCCACGGUAUCGAAACUGUCCGCGCUAGAUAUACUCUGGGUAACUCACUCCCAGCUGACCAACUUUAGCUUCGACGUGCUCGAAAACUCCUCCGUUUCCCUGCUAUAUCUGGUGAGCAACAAAAUUGAAUCGGUAACGAUCUCACCGGGGGUGUUGUGUUGCCAACAUUUGGAAGAAAUAUUUCUUUCCGAUAAUCUGCUCACCAAACUAGACCUUGGCAUCGUGGCACUGAUGAGCAAGCUGAAGACUAUGAAUCUGGAAAACAACAAACUGACCGAUUUGUACAUGCAUGUUCCGAGUAUUUUGCAUGCACCAAAGCAAGACGAGGGUGAAGAUUCUGGAUUCUGUUCGUGGCGUGAGUACUACAUUAAGCAAGAGAAAACGGAGGAAGAGCUCAGCACGCCCAACUGUACGGACUAUUUUGCAACGCUGCUUUCGCUCCAUUUUCCAAGAAACAACAUUGUGAAUUUAAAUUUCAGCACCUUCCGUUUGAUGAACAAUCUUAAUUCACUAGAUCUAUCGAAAAACCGAUUGAUUAAUUUGAUGGCUUCCGAUGAUGAGGCACCGAUCAGGUUGACUGAGCUGUUCGUUUCAAAUAAUAACAUAACAGACGUCUACUUGAGACCUUUCGUCUCGAUGAAAGCAAUCUAUCUGUGUGACAAUUAUGUGAAGGAAUUGAAUAUGAGCAGCUUGCCGGAGGAUCUUGACUACUUGAACUUAAUCAACAAUCCGCUGAAUUGCGAAGAGUUGGCUCAUAUGAAAAGACGCUCCACGGUUCCAGUCUUAGGUCCGUACACGGAAUGCUAA